AUUUAGGAUAAGCUAAAGACCGAAAAAAUCAAGGUAGCGUCAUAUGGAAAUCAACACUCUAUCGUUUUGAACACCAUAAUAACAGUCUAAAAAUUCUAAAGAAGAUAACUUAGAAGGACCCUUCAAAAUGUUUUAUGAGCUCCCUUUUGACCAUUUGAUUUCUAGGAAAGGGUGCUGAAACAUGGAAGGUAGCUAUUCCAUUCCUAGUCAUGCAGAGGACCUGACGAAAUGUAUGUAUGAAUUACAGCAGGAUGGGACAUUCUGUGAUGCAGGCCUUGAGUGUAAAGAUGGCGUCAUAUUUGUUCAUAAACUUGUUCUAAUGGCAUGUAGAAGUCCAUAUUUGAGGAAUCAAUUGGCAUCUGAAAGUCACGGUACAAGAGUUUAUGUCAGUCUUAAGAAUUAUUCUUUAAAAAUAGUUUGCUGUUUGGUGCAGACCCUAUAUACAGGACAGUCAAAUAUUUCCCAGGAGAACGAAGUAAAUUUUAGACUUUUGUGUGAGACUAUAGGGAUUGACAAUAUAAAAUCUGCGGCUGAAAAUUUAAUUCAGGUAGACCAAAUUGUUAAUGAAGUCGAAAGCAUAAAUCCAUUUUGUGCUGUUCAAGUUGAAGAGGAAAUAAUAGAAUACCAGGAUGGAAUCACAUGUACAGCACGAGUGGCAUCAGCCAAUCAUAGACCAGAUGACAACUUCAUUGACAGUACAAGCACUGUUGAUAAUGUAGAGGAUCUCAACAAUAAAAUCAGUGAUGUAAAUCAAGAUUUUGAAGUUGAAAUGGAGGCUAACAAAUCGUUGGAUCUGCCCACAAUAAGAGAAACCAGAAGCAACAAGAGAAGAAAAAUUUUCCAUAAUGAGAACCCUUCCCAAGCAAAAGACAAUGCCACCUCAGCUAACGUGGCUGAAAUAUUGACCAUUGCAAAACAGUUGUCUGGAAUAGAUGAAGCCCAGCCAUCUAAACCUGUUUCUACUUGUCUAGAUCAAACUAAAUCCAGUUUAUGUUAUCUAUGUAAAAAAGAAUUUGUCAAUGAAGGGGAAAAUGUUACAGAACCAAGCAAGACAGUGUGUACAGAAUGUAUGGUUUUAUUUAGUGAAGUAACCAAUCAUGACCAAGAGAUGGAAAGUAAACCAGACCAAACACAGAAUUAUAACAGUGAAGAUGCUGGAGAAGACAGCGAAAAGGACAGUGUUGAUUUGGAAGAGGAUUGUUUAAAAAAGACUUGUGAAGAAGAAUCACCACUUCCGGACGACUUUUCCUUAGAAGAAGAUGACAGUGAUCCAUUACCAUUGUUACAACAACAGAUAGUCGAUGACAUAAACGAUGAAAUAUCUGACAGAAGGUUUAGAAAUAAGAGCCAAUCAGAAAUAGGAAAGGAUGAAACAGGUGAGACCAAUCAAGAAAUGUUAUGGCAUUGUAAAAAGUGUGAAUUUUCAACAUGUGAUAAGAAGGAACAAGAGAAACACCGAAAACAUCACUGUUACCUCGAACGAAAGCUCAGAAAGUCUGAACUAUAUAAAUAUCAAAAAUACUUUUGUCAUUUAUGUGGAAAUAGAUAUAAAUCAGAAGACGGUUUGCAAAAGCAUAAAAAAAUCAUGCAUCCGGACAAGCCAUUAUGGAUAUGUAGGCUUAGCGGGUGUGCAGCUCGUUUUAUGGAAGAAUCUGCAUUACAAAAACAUUUGUUAUGGCACAAAUCACAAGGUCUUCUGAAAUGUAUGAAAUGUGCACAGGUAUUCAUAGUUAAAACUGCACUAAAAAGACAUGAGGAUUAUUGUGUCAAAAAACUAAUGUUUAGAUGCGACAUUUGCAAUAAAGUGUAUAAAGCUAAAGAGAGUCUUUCAAAACAUAUGAGAAAAAUACAUUUUCAGGGAGAAACAGGAUUCAAUUACAGGGCAUCUAUAAAGUUUAGAAAUAAUAUUAACAGUAUGACAUUUGAAAGUGAUCAGAAUAAAGAAGCAAAUUUUCCAGUCGAGAAUACAUGUUUAAAAACCACAAUGGAAGAGUUUAAUGCUGAUAAUUAUAAUGUUGAGGAAUUUGUUGACCGAGUGAAUGAAAUUUUACUCACUCAACAGAAUGAAAAAUAUUUAAAACAAACUCCAGAUGUUUACCGUUGUUCACAUUGUGAGUUCUCAACAGAAGAUAAGACACAGUAUACUAAACAUUACAAACACCAUUAUUACAUUAUUCGCAAGCAAAAGGAUGCUGAACUCCAAUCACAAACACCACAUGAUUUGAAAGAACAUGAUGGUAUCUCUGAUAAUGUUAAUGAUAUUGACAUGGAUGAGGAUGAGGAUGAUACUGAGGGUAUUGUUAAAACGUUGAAUAAUGCUAUUGAUAAGGAACGAAAGUCGAAAGUUUAUAAAUGUGAGAAAUGUGAUUUUUCAACGAAAGAUAAUAAGGAUUACGACAAGCAUAGACGCCGCCAUCUUUAUUUAGAACGAAAAGAAACACAUCUUAUUUGUAGAUAUUGUGGGUUGCACUACAGUAAUAAACAAGCACUGAGACGACAUGAGAUCGCAACUCAUUCCGAACAAUCUUUUAAAUGUGAGGUUAAAACCUGCAGUUGUGUAUUUAUGUAUAAACAUCAAUUAGAAAAACACAUAUUAAAUCAUAAAAAAAGAGGUCUCCUGAAAUGUAAGAAAUGUAACAAGAAAUUUCUUGUUAAAAGUAAGUUAACACUUCAUGAAGACUCGUGCAUAAGGAAUAUGACAACAAAUGAACAAUAUCAGUGUCACUUAUGCGGAAAACAGGUCGGGUCCAAAUCAGGAUUGUUAGGGCACAUGAGGAAACAUAAUGAUGGAGUUUUUGAUUGCUUUUGUGGAAAAACUUUUGACAGUAUUAAAAAUCUUAAUCAGCAUAAAAAAUGUCAUAAUGUUAAUACGGUUAAAUCAUGUUGUGAAAAAGUAGUUUCCGAUGAGAGUGAAGAAAGCACCGAUUCAGAUUCAGAUGAAAUAGAAGAUAGCACAUCUGAAAGUUCAAGUGCACUGUUUAAUUCGAAAAAUAAUACAGAAAAGCAAAAAAGUUUUUGAAUAAUGCAAAUUAAGAGUUCGUUAUAGAAUAUGUUAAUAUCACAGAUUGUCACAAAAUAACAUCCAUUGACAUGGUCGAAUGGUAACAACAAAUGCAAUGAGGAAGAUGUGAGAAAGGAAUAUGACAUGGCGUUUGUGAAUAAGGGGGUUAGUUGAUAUUGAAGAACAUGAAGAAUACACAAAAUGAUAGUGAUAUGCUAAACGCUGGCAUGGAAUUAAUUAAUUUCUCCGAUGUUGUAAAAGAAAGAUAUUAUUGACUCAACGUAGUCCUGCUAAUAUAUAGACACUCAAAACAAUAAAAAAGAAAAGUUCGAAAUUUGUGUAAACAUGUAUUUUUAGCUAUAGAAAGAUAUUAUUGACUUAACGUAGUGACAUUGAAUACUCGGGCUAAUAUAUAGAAACACAAAACAAAAAAAGAAAAGUUCGAAUUUUAUGUAAAAAUGUAUUAUAUUUUUUCUGAUGCGUUUGACUGAUAUUGCAGAAAUAUCGACAUAGGCGAUCUGACACAGGCGAUGGCAGUCACGUCGGUGUUAGCACACCUCUUUAAAGUUUAGUAUUUCAGAAGGUACAAAAUGUAGAACAUGUAGAUGACCAGAAUCCAUGUUUUGAAUAUAUAUGCCUAAUGUUUUAAAGUUUCCGUCGGUCAUUUGUUCAUUGUUCUUGCUCUCAUUUUCAUGGUUCAGUGAUUACUUGAAAAAGUUUUCUUUAUUUGUCUCUUUCUAUGAGUAAUAUAGCUAUUUGGUAUUUGUGUACCUUGUAUGACAUGACCUCACAUGACCUCGACCUCUAUUUAUCAGACAGUAUAGAGUAUAGGGGAUAUGUCUGCUAUAUUUAAUUUGAAGUAAGUGAUUAUUGUAAGUUGAAACUGCCAUAGCCAAUUGGCAGGUAUAAUCUUGAUUUUUAUGGUUUAGUAGUCAUGGUAGAUAAAGUUAAGUUUAAUGUUUGGGUCUGUUUUUGUCGAGCCUUCGAUUGACGUCGUAAAAGCAAGCCGUAUUUGGUGUUGGCGUCAUCGUCGGAAGCGGAAGCGGAGUCCACAACGAUUCACUCUGUGGUUUAAAUACUAAUUACUUUCUAGAACUAUACUGGGUUUCUACCAAACUUUGACAGAAGCUUGUUUAUGAUCAUAAGAUAAAAUUUGAAGGAAAUAUUGUUUAGAUUUUUACCUGUAUAUUUUUAUUUUACUUCUACUCGUUCUAAUGGACUUUUGUCUAUUUAACGUUACAUACAGUCUGCCGUGAAAGUUUUUGAAACAUAAAAUUUAUAAGUUUCAUAAAUUAUCCUGGAUUUCCACUUAACUUGGUCAGUAGCUUUACAAUUAAAAGAUAUAUAGUACUAGUAUCAGGAUGAAUAUUUUUUUCCCUCGUUUAUUUUGAGCUUGAGCAAUGGAAUGAUUGUAAGUUCACAUUUGUUUGGCUUUUAUCACACAACCAUGACUUCAUUUUUUAGAAUGGUUCAUUUUUUUACAUAAAUAAGGCCGUUAGUUUUCUCGUUUGAAUUGUUUUUCAUUGUCUUAUCGAGGCCUUUUAUAGCUGACUAUACUGUAUGGAUUUUGCUCAUUGUUGAAGGCCUUACGAUUACCUAAAGUUGUUAAUGUUUGUGUCAUUUUGGUCUUUUUGUGGGUAGUUGUCUCAUUGGCAAUCAUUCCACAUCUUCUUUUUUAUAUUCAUUGGUCAAUUUGUACACUUUUUUAGUUGACUUGGUUUCCAAUAUACUACAAUGUACUAACAGUCGUAUACGUUUCCUAUCUCUAAAGCAAGUACUAUGUUUUGGGUGUCGGUGCAAUUUUUGUGAGAAACACGUUUAAGUUAUUUUUUCUCCAAACAUCUCCCAAAUUGUAUAUAAGCAUCAAAAAGCAAGUAUUCACUGCUUACAAAUGUGGUAAUCUGGUUUAAUAUCAAACUCAACAAGAUAUUAUAAAUGAAAUUUUCAAAUACAAUACUGGUUGAAAAAAUAAGUAAAGUGGUCACAUUUUGGUGACAGUAGUUGUAACUGAAUUAUUUCCAGCUUUAACAUAAUUAGGUAAUAUAUAUAAAUAGAUAGAUGAUAAAGUAUCAAACAUGAUGAGUUUAUUCAACUGUGAAUAUAUAGAAUUACUUUUACCGAUUUUAUGAGACAUUUUUAUAGUUUGUCUGAAAAUACAGAUGUCCAUUUUGUUUUAGUGGUUGAAGACUAUAAACCCUAGUUAUUACACACAAAAAAAUAUAAUUUUUCGAAGAUAUGCAUUUGUAUCAUCCAACUUGAAAGACUGUCGUCAAGAACUUUAAGUAAUAAAAUAGCUACUCGAACACACCUACCCUUUUUUUGUGAUUCAUUACAUAGGUAUUUCACUUGACCAAUAUAUUUCAUCUUUUAGAACUGUGAUUUUUAUGGCCCAACUACGAUAGUUGAGGGGCAUUAUGUUUUCUGGUAUGUGCGUCCGUUCGUCCGUCUGUCCCGCUUCAGGUUAAAGUUUUUGGUCAAGGUAAAUUUUGAUGAAGUUGAAGUCCAAUUGACUUCAAACUGGGUACACAUGUUCCUUAUGAUAUGAUCUUUCUGAUUUUAAUGCCAAAUUAGAGAUUUUACCCGAAUUUCACGAUCCACUGAUUAUAGAAAAUGAUAGUGCGAGUGGGGCAUUCGUGUACUGAGGACACAUUCUUGUUUAUGUUAUAAAGUCAACCGGGAGCUUUGAUAUAUAAAAAUUUGUAAGAGUUCCGCGGAACCCAGUGUCUCGCCUACUUUUGCUGUAACUCCCAGGCUCAACAAAAAUGAGGAAAACAAUCAAUAAAAAUAUUCCUCUUGAUACUAUCUUUUGAUUGUUAGAAGCUUCUGUCCAAGUUUGGUAAAAAUGUCAGGAUAGUUUAUGAAUCAAAUAAAUGUUUUAAAAACUUUAACUGCAGACUGAAUGUAAUGUAAACUGGAAGAAAAACUAAGUCCAUUUAUAAGUGAAAUUCAGAUACACAGGUACCAAAUAUUAACAAGAUUUCCUUUCUAGAUACUAGCUUUUGAUCAUAAACAUUAGCUUCUGUCCAAGUUUGGUACACAUUUAAAAUAGUAUAAGAAAGUUAUUAUUUUUUUUUAAAUUUAACCACAGAGUGAAUGUGUUGUUUCCUGGCAGAAAACCUAAGUUCAUUUAAAAGUAUUAAUACCGAAAAAAUGGAUUUAUUUUUUUACAAAGUUUACUUCUGGAUACUAUCUUAUGAUCAUAAACAAGCUUCUGUCCAAGAUUGGUACAAACCCAGGAUAGUUAAAGAAAGUUAUUAAAAUUUAAAAAACUUUAACCACAGAGUGAAUGUAAUGUUUCCCCGCAGAAAAAACUAAGUCCAUUUAGAAGUAAAAAACAAAAAAAAAUGGAAUUUUAUUUUUGCAAACUUUACUUCUGAAUACUAUCUUAUGAUCAUAAACAAGCUUCUGUCCAAGUUUGGUAGAAAUCCAGUAUAGUUUAAGAAAGAUAUUCAAAUUUUAAAAACUUUAAUCACAGAGUGAAUGUUAUGUUUCCCCACAGAAAAACUAAGUCCAUUUAUAAAUAAAAUACAGAAGAAAUAGUAUUUUAUUUUUACAAAAUUCACUUCUGGAUACUAUGUUAUGAUCAUAAACAAGCUUCUGUCAAAGUUUUGUAGAAAUCCAGUAUAGUUUAAGAAAGUUAUUAAAUUUUCAAAAAUUUAACCACAGAGUGAAUAUUUGUGGACGCCGCCGCCGACGACGACGGAAUGUAGGUUCGCUUAGUCUCGCUUUUUCGACUAAAGUCGAAGGCUCGACAAAAAUGAUAGAAUCUGAAGCGAGACGAUGUAUGAAAUAUUCUUGCUUUGUAAGAUACCAAGACAAAUUAUUCAACUCAAACACGCCCUUAUAUACAAAGGUGCACUGGAUCUUCUCUUUUCGAUACAAUUGUUACCCAUUUUUUUGAAUUUUUUCUUGAGUCACAUUAUGGAAGUGCAGAUACGAAAAUUACUGAAUUAAUAGAUUGAUAUGUUUUCCGUCCGUGGUAAAUUUUUAAAAAGUCGGAGAUUAUGCAUUUUCUACAUCCAACGUGAAAGAUAUACAUGUCGUCGACUUGAUAUCUAAUUGUUCUGCUUACCUAUGCACAAGACCAAUUGAAAACCUAUGCAAAUGGUGUUUUAAUAUAAAACACUUUGUAAUUGAGAAGAAAAUUGUAAUUUUGUUGGUUUCUAUUAACUUUUAAAAGUUAUCUCACUGUAGUAAACAUUACAUUAAGCAUUUGUCGCCUUCUAUAACAAAGAACUUCGAUUCUUUUGUUUUAUUUCAACCGAGUACCCGACUGAGUAUGGUUAGGUUGAGUAUAUAUUUAUAAAUUUUCGACUGAACUUGAAGCAAUAAAAUGGCUCAAUAAACAUUGUAUUAUAUCUUUUGAUCUCAAUUUUUUUCUGUUUUUAUCUGCGACUUCUUACUUUCUGCCAUUAUCAUGAUUAUGCCGGCAGACAAAUAUAUAUAUAUUUCUAUGUACAUUUUGAACAAUCUCAUCGUUAACGUUUUAAUCAACUAUUUCGGUUAUAAAUUAUUGGCCCUAAAUAUUCAGCUUUUAGUGUUCCUGAAGAAGGUUGACCCAGAACAGCGCUUCAGUCGUAACUUUAACAUUUUGUUUUCAUUUUUUAUCAAUUGCAUGACUAUCAUGUGCACAUAUUGCCUUGUAUCAAUGAUUUCAGUUCGAAGUAUUUGUACGGUAGGAUCACACUGAAUUCAUGGUGUCGCAAUGCACGUUGUG